GUGGCCCUUUGUGCAGGGCGCCUGCGCAAUCGGGCGGCCAAUGCCGAUAUAAAGGCUUGUUUUGCUUCGGGGCUGAUGCUCCGGAGCAUGGUCGAGUGGCUGGCGCGGCCCCCUCCCGGAGCUGGGGGUCCCAGAAGUUCUCCAGAAAGCCAGAGUGUCUGCGCCCUGGCACGUUCACUGAGACGAUGAAGGAUAUUGACAUAGGAAAGGAGUUUAUCAUCCCCAGUCCUGGUUACAGAAACCCCCAAGACAGGGCCAGCACUUCUGGACAGCACAGAGAUGGCGAGGACUCCAACUACAAGAGGAAUUUACGGGUGGAAUGCCAAGAUGCCUUGGAAACUGCAGCCCGAGCCGAGGGCCUCUCCCUGGAUGUCUCUGUGCAUUCUCAGCUCCGCUUCCUGGAUGAGGAACAUCCCAAGGGAAAGUACCAUCACGGCUUAAGUACUCUGAAGCCCAUCCGGACCACUGCCAAACACCAGCACCCAGUGGACAACGCUGGGCUCUUCUCCUGCAUGACUUUCUCCUGGCUCUCUCCUCUGGCCCGCCUGGCCCAUAGAAAGGGGGAGUUGUCCAUGGACGACGUGUGGGCGCUGUCCAAGCACGAGUCUUCUGAGGUGAACUGCCGAAGACUAGAGAGACUGUGGCAAGAAGAGCUGAAUGAAAUGGGGCCAGAUGCCGCUUCCCUCCGAAGGGUUGUGUGGAUCUUCUGCCGCACCAGGCUCAUCCUCUCCAUCAUGUGCCUGAUGAUCACGCAGCUGGCCGGCUUCAGUGGACCAGCCUUCGUGGUGAAACACCUCCUGGAGUAUUCCCAGGUCUCAGAUUCUAACCUCAAGUACAGCUUGCUGUUGGUCCUGGGCCUCUUUCUCACAGAGAUUGUGCGCUCCUGGUCCCUUGCCCUCACUUGGGCCUUGAACUACCGAACUGGAGUCCGCUUACGGGGAGCCAUUCUCACCAUGGCAUUUAAGAAGAUCCUGAAGCUCAAGAACAUCAAGGAGAAGUCAGUGGGUGAGCUCCUAAACCUUUGCUCCAACGAUGGUCAGAGGAUGUUUGAGGCAGCCGCUGUUGGCAGCUUAUUGGCUGGAGGACCCGUAGUCGCCAUCUUGGGCAUGGUCUAUAAUGUGAUUAUUUUGGGACCCACUGGCUUCCUGGGAUCAGCUGUUUUUAUCCUCUUUUAUCCUGCCAUGAUGUUCGCCUCUCGGGUCACUGCAUAUUUCAGGAGGAAAUGUGUGGCCACCACAGAUGAGCGUGUUCAAAAGAUGAGCGAAGUUGUCACCUACAUUAAAUUUAUUAAAAUGUAUGCUUGGGUCAAAGCAUUUUCUCAAAUUGUUCAAAAGGUUCGAGAGGAGGAGCGAAGGAUCCUGGAAAAGGCCGGAUACUUCCAGAGCAUCACUGUGGGCGUGGCACCCAUCGUCAUGGUGAUAGCCAGCGUGGUGACAUUUUCUGUGCACAUGAAUCUGGGCUUCGACUUGACUGCAGCACAGGCAUUCACAGUGGUAACUGUCUUCAAUUCCAUGACAUUUGCUCUGAAAGUUACACCAUUUUCUGUUAAAUCCCUCUCAGAAGCGUCAGUUGCUGUUGACAGGUUUAAGAGUUUGUUUCUAAUGGAAGAGGUUCACAUGAUAAAGAAAAAGCCAGCCAGUCCUCACAUCAAGAUAGAGAUGACAAAUGCCACCCUGGCCUGGGACUCCUCCCACGCCAGUAUCCAGAACUCGCCCAAGCUGACCCCCAAAAUGAAAAAAAGCAAGAGGGCUGCCAGGGCCAAGAAAGAGAAGGGGCGGCAGCUGCAGCGCACUGAGCAUCAGGCAGUGCUGGCGGAGCAAAAGGGCCACCUCCUCCUGGACAGCGACGAGCGGCCCAGCCCCGAGGAGGAAGAGGACAAACACCCACACCCGGGGAUCCACCGCCUGCAGAGGACACUAUACGGCAUCGACUUGGAAAUCAGAGAGGGUAAGCUGGUUGGCAUCUGUGGCAGCGUAGGAAGUGGCAAGACCUCCCUCAUCUCAGCCAUUUUAGGCCAGAUGACACUCCUCGAGGGCAGCAUUGCCGUCAGUGGAACCUUCGCCUAUGUGGCCCAGCAGGCUUGGAUCCUCAACGCUACCCUGAGAGACAACAUCCUCUUUGGGAAGGAAUAUGAUGAGGAGAGGUACAACUCUGUGCUGAACAGCUGUUGCCUAAGGCCAGACCUGGCCAUUCUGCCUAACAGUGACCUGACUGAGAUCGGCGAACGAGGAGCCAACCUGAGCGGUGGGCAGCGCCAGAGAAUCAGCCUUGCCCGAGCCCUGUACAGUGACCGAGAUAUCUACAUCCUGGAUGACCCCCUUAGUGCCUUAGAUGCCCAUGUGGGCAACCACAUCUUCAACAGUGCUAUCCAGAAGCACCUCAAGACCAAGACAGUUCUGUUCAUUACACACCAGUUACAGUACCUGGCAGACUGUGAUGAAGUAAUCUUCAUGAAAGAGGGCUGCAUCACCGAGAGAGGCACUCACGAAGAACUGAUGCAGCUGAGCGGCGAUUAUGCAACCAUUUUCAAUAAUCUGCUGCUGGGAGAGACACACCCUGUGGAGAUUAACUCAAAAAAGGAAACCAAUAGCUCACAGAAGAAAUCCCAAGACAAAGGUCCGAAACCUGGAUCGGUCAAGAAGGAGAAAGCAGCAAAGCAAGAGGAAGGGCAACUGGUGCAAGCAGAAGAGAAGGGGCAGGGUUCAGUACCCUGGUCAGUAUAUGGAGUCUACAUCCAGGCUGCAGGGGGCCCCCUGGCAUUCCUGUUCAUUCUCUCCCUCUUCAUGCUGAACGUGGGUAGCACUGCCUUCAGCACCUGGUGGCUGAGUUACUGGAUCAAGCAAGGAAGUGGGAACACCACAGUGGUGGAGGGCAACAGGACUGUCGUGAGCGGCAGCAUGAAAGACAACCCUCUCCUGCACUAUUACAUAAGCAUCUAUACCCUCUCCAUGGUGGUCAUGCUGAUUCUGAAAGCCAUCCGCGGUGUGGUGUUUGUCAAGGGCACCCUGCGCGCCUCCUCCAGGCUCCACGAUGAGCUUUUCCGGAGGAUCCUGAGAAGCCCCAUGAAGUUUUUCGACACUACCCCCACAGGAAGAAUUCUCAACAGGUUUUCCAAAGACAUGGAUGAAGUGGAUGUGCGUUUGCCCUUCCAGGCUGAGAUGUUCAUCCAGAAUGUCUUCCUGGUCUUCUUCUGUGUGGGUAUGAUCGCAGGAGUGUUCCCUUGGUUUCUUGUGGCCGUGGGGCCCCUUGUCAUCCUUUUUGCAGUUCUGCACAUUGUUUCCAGGGUCCUGAUUCGAGAGUUAAAACGUCUGGACAACAUCACACAGUCUCCCUUCCUCUCCCACAUCACGUCCAGUAUACAGGGGCUGGCCACCAUCCAUGCCUACAGCAAAGGGCAGGAAUUUCUGCACAGGUACCAGGAGCUCCUGGAUAGUAACCAAAGGCCUUUCUUCCUGUUUACGUGUGCGAUGCGGUGGCUGGCUGUGCGGCUGGAUCUCAUCAGCAUUGCCCUCAUCACCACCACCGCAUUGAUGAUCGUUCUCAUGCAUGGGCAGAUCCCCCCAGCCUACUCAGGCCUCGCCAUUUCCUACGCUGUCCAGUUAACCGGGCUGUUUCAGUUCACCGUCCGACUAGCCUCUGAGACAGAAGCUCGCUUCACCUCUGUGGAGAGAAUUAACCACUACAUUAAGACACUCUCUCUGGAAGCACCUGCCAGAAUUAAGAACAAGGCUCCUUCCCCUGAUUGGCCCCAAGAAGGAGAGGUGACUUUUGAGAAUGCAGAAAUGAGGUAUCAGGAAAACCUCCCCCUGGUCCUGAAGAAAGUGUCCUUCACCAUCAAACCAAAGGAGAAGAUUGGCAUUGUAGGAAGGACAGGAUCAGGCAAGUCCUCUCUGGGCAUGGCCCUGUUCCGCCUGGUGGAGUUAUGUGGAGGCUGCAUCAAGAUUGAUGGAGUGAGGAUAAGUGACAUUGGCCUCGCCGACCUUCGGAGCAAACUCUCUAUCAUCCCACAGGAGCCAGUGCUGUUCAGUGGCACAGUAAGGUCCAACUUGGAUCCUUUCACGCAGUACACAGAGGACCAGAUCUGGGAUGCCCUGGAAAGGACGCACAUGAAAGAAUGUAUUUCUCAGCUACCUCUGAAACUUGAAUCUGAAGUGAUGGAGAAUGGGGAUAACUUUUCAGUGGGGGAGCGCCAGCUCCUGUGCAUCGCUCGAGCCUUGCUCCGGCACUGUAAGAUUCUGAUUCUCGAUGAAGCCACCGCUGCCAUGGACACGGAGACAGAUUUACUGAUUCAGGAGACCAUCCGAGAGGCAUUCGCUGACUGUACUAUGCUGACCAUCGCCCAUCGUCUGCACACAGUCCUGGGCUCAGACAGGAUCAUGGUGCUGGCCCAGGGACAGGUGGUGGAGUUUGACACCCCAUCCGUCCUGCUGUCCAAUGACAGCUCCCGGUUCUACGCCAUGUUUGCUGCUUCAGAGAACAAGGUUGCUGUCAAGGGCUGACCCCUUUGCUGCCGCCGCCACCCCAGUCUCUGCCCUCUGGAGAGUCGCCCACCCCGCCAGGCCGGGCAGGCCACCCUCCGCCCACCACAGCCUUGCCUUUCCUGACCUUCCCUCCGCACUGCAGUUCAGGAUCAGCUUGUGUGUCGCUUUUAGGGAGAGUUCUAUUUUGAUGAUUGUAUUUAUUCCUCAUUUCACAUAAACAGAGUUUAGUUUUUGUCUUUACUUGCACUCUUGAGAGGUUCAGGGAACCGUUAUUAUAAAUGUAUCAGAGGCCUAUAAUGAAGCUUUAUACGUGUAACUCUAUGAUUAUUAUAAUUCUGUACAUAGCCUAUAUGGACAGUGCAGGUGUGCGCCCUUGAUUUUAUAGUCGAAUCGGCACCGUGCUUACCACUGUGUGGGUUUCUCUCUAGCCUGCCGUACACGUUGCUGUACCGGAGAUGUGGUUUUGCUAUUGGACUAGCAAAGCAGCAUUUUGUUCCUCUCGUGGUGCCCCCAAAGAAAGGAAGACACAUGGUGAUCACAGGCCCUCUCGAGGGUGGCGGGGGGGGGGGGUCCCCUGGAGGCCAUGCCGAGCGCCGUGAUUUCUCAGGGCUCCUGCCUUCUUGUCCUGAUGUCACUUUACUGUUUCAGGAGAGCCACGGGGCUGAACCUCCAGCACCCCUGUCCCCUUUCCCCCCUUUUCACUCCCUCUGCCAGGAGGAGGUUACUUUCUGACUUUCUCUCUGGGGCAAUGUUCUGUACCCCAGCCCAGGCAGCACACUGCCUUUAUCCCCAACUCCCACUGGCCACAGCCCCAAGACCUCGAGCUGCACCCUCUCACCCACAGCUCAGUAGCAGGGCGCAGGCCACAGGGUCCGUAGCCCUUGCUUGCUAUGGCCACCCCAUCUCCCCACAUCGCCAGCCCCUCCAAAGUCUGCGACUUCAAGUAGCUCUUGCUCAUCAGUGUCUCACACUGGUGUCGAAGUCUUCUUUUUUUUAUUUGUACUCUUAAGAGACCUACCUCAGGUUGCUGAUGGCUGCGGGGCUCCAGGUGUCCCCUUCCUGUACCCCCUCUGCCAUGGGGCCAGUAGCUCAGGUGGGUGUGGUCGCUGCUGUCGUCGGUGGAACGGUCCGUGUUGCAUGUCGUGACCAACUGGACAUCCUGUCGCCUUAGCAUGUUCGCCGAACACCUUGUGGAAGCAGAAGUCUUAAAAAAAAAAGUGAAUAAAAUUAUUUUGGAUUUUGUAA